UCGCUUCCGCAGCAUCAUGGCGGCGGCCGAGGACGAGCAGCCGGCGGGGAGCGGCGACGGGGAGCGGCUGGAUUUCCUGCGGGACCGGCACGUGCGCUUCUUCCAGCGCUGCCUGCAGGUGCUGCCCGAGCGCUACUCGUCGCUCGAGACCAGCAGGCUGACAAUUGCCUUUUUCGCUCUCUCCGGGCUGGACAUGCUGGAUUCCUUAGAGGUGGUGAACAAGGAUGACAUAAUCGAGUGGAUUUACUCCCUCCAGGUCCUUCCCACAGAAGACAGAUCAAAUCUAAAUCGCUGUGGUUUCCGAGGUUCUUCCUACCUGGGCAUCCCGUUCAAUCCAUCCAAGAAUCCCGGGACGGCGCAUCCGUAUGACAGCGGCCACAUCGCCAUGACCUACACGGGCCUGUCGUGCCUGGUCAUCCUUGGAGACGACCUGAGCCGCGUGAACAGAGAGGCCUGCCUGACGGGCCUGCGCGCGCUGCAGCUGGAGGACGGCAGUUUUUGUGCCGUCCCUGAAGGCAGCGAAAAUGACAUGCGGUUCGUGUACUGUGCCUCCUGUAUCUGCUACAUGCUCAACAACUGGUCCGGCAUGGAUAUGAAGAAGGCCAUCAGCUAUAUCCGGCGGAGUAUGUCCUAUGACAAUGGGCUGGCCCAGGGAGCUGGACUUGAAUCUCAUGGAGGAUCAACUUUUUGUGGCAUUGCCUCCCUGUGUCUGAUGGGCAAGCUGGAAGAAGUUUUCUCAGAAAAGGAGUUGAACAGGAUAAAGCGGUGGUGUAUAAUGCGGCAGCAGAACGGCUACCACGGGCGCCCCAACAAGCCUGUGGACACCUGCUACUCUUUUUGGGUGGGAGCGACUCUGAAGCUUCUGAAAAUUUUCCAGUACACUAACUUUGAAAAAAAUAGAAAUUACAUCUUAUCAACUCAAGAUCGUCUUGUUGGGGGAUUUGCCAAAUGGCCUGAUAGUCAUCCAGACGCUUUGCAUGCAUACUUUGGGAUCUGUGGCCUGUCACUAAUGGAGGAAAGUGGAAUUUGUAAAGUUCAUCCUGCCCUGAAUGUAAGCACACGAACUUCUGAACGCCUCCGAGAUCUCCAUCAGAGCUGGGAAAGCAAGGACUCCAAACCGAGCCCCGAGAAUGUCCACGUCUCCACAUGACUGACCUCCGCUGGGAGAGUGGGAGAGCGGCAGCAUAAUUGUAGCUCCAGGUCAAAAGCCAUUUAUAACCGAGUGUGCUCUUUUUUUUUAAGAGGUAGUCUUACAGUCCAAAUUUGUGCUCAUGUCACUUUGGGAUAUGGUCCUGAGCCAGUCGCCUUUGUACUGGGUUUCCAGAAUGUCUUUGCUGAAAUCAGAACCGCGUGCGCUCUGUCGUGGUUCUUAGAAGUUUAUACUAUAUUUCUAAGAAGUUCUUUGGAGCAAAUUAACUGUAUGUAUGUAAGUUACCUUUUUUAAAAAAGAAAAAAAAAGCAACUUCAGUACAAAUUGUAUAUUAUAAAAUGGACUCAAUUCUUCAAAAGAAGUUUACAGUUCAUAAUAGCAGCGAUAAUCUUUGGGUGAACACUUAGUGAUCAUUGAAAACAUUUGUCUGCUGGUGGUAGAAAAUUGCUUUAAUGAAUUAAGUAUCUGGGAUUGUUCUUUGGAAACAGGUGAUCCCAUAAUUUUUUAAGGAAGAAUGACUUAUUUUCUCUUACUUUUAAGUAAAGUGUGUCAAUUAAACUUGUAUGACCUAUAUAAAUGAAAUUAACUUCAUAGAAAGAAUGAAUAGAUAACUAAUACAAUAAUUUUUCUAAAGAGAGAUUGUUUUGAGAAGAUUAUUAUAUGACUGAGGGACAAGUAAUUUAACUGUAUGUGGGAUUGUGAAGAAUGGGAAAACUGUGCUCUGUGGAUCAUUCAAUUAGACAUUGCUGGGAUAAAUCAGAGCACUGUUUGAUUUUGAUCCCGAGUUAUCAGUUCCUUUUUACCCUUUUUGGGGAGAGAAGUCUUGUCUAGACGGAAAGGCAUUUGAGUUUUUGUUUAUUUCUCUGCAAUACAUGAUGUUGUAAAUUAUAUGUAGCUGAGAGGUUUUGGGUGUUUUGGGGUUUUUGGGGUUUUUUUGGUGUUUUUUUUUUUUUUUUUUUUUUUUUGCUAUUUGACUUUUUCAUUUUGUUCCAGUGUCUUAGCUGCUGUCAUUUUAAACAGAUACUUUUCUAUUUUUUUAAAUUAAAUAACAAACUUUAAGAAAUCUGAACCACUCAAGUAAAUUUAAUGGUGCAGUUCCAUACAUGGUCCUUGAUAUGUUUUUAUUUUUAGGUAAAUGCUGGUGUAUUCGAUAUGCCAAAUACAGUAACAAUGAUGGGUCUCAUUCCCCUGACCUUGAAAGAGCCUCCAGUGCCGCGCUGCUGGGAAGAACGAGUAAAGAGAGGCUGCUAAAAUCUCAGGGCUAGGACGAAUGGAGAUGUUACUAUUAAGCCUGCUUGAGGAAAUGGAUGAUCAAUGGGAUGACAGUGGUACAGUGGGGGCGACUGGCCUAGAUGCUGAGAACUGGGCUUUCAGGUUAGGGAGUGGUUCAGUGGCAUGUGGAAGCCCUGAGUGUGAUCCCCAGCACCACACACUCGGCAUUGCUGUGUGUAGUCCUGGCCUCCAGCAUCUGGCACAUUGCCGGAGGACGGGAACGACUGACCCGUCCACCCACACAGCAAGCUUUGUAUUACUGGGAGCGACCCCUGAGCACUUUGAACACUGCUUAGGAUGCCAAAAAGACACUGAGCAAUAGCACAGCGGGGAGGGCGUUUGCCUUGCACGCCGCCAACCCGGGUUCCAUUCCCAGCAUCCCAUAUGGUCCCCUGAGCACCGCCAGGGUAAUUCCUGAGUGCAGAGCCAGGAGUAACCCCUGAGCAUCGCUAGGUGUGACCCAAAGAGCAAAAAAAAUAAAAAUAGAUUUUUCAUUUUGUGUUUUUACUCUGUGAACUAACUCAUUAACUGCAAUCCGUGCAGUGUGAGAGCCUGUCUGCGUUUUGGUAAUCAGUUUCUUGACAAAUCAUCAGUUCUGUCAUUCUGUGACAUCCCGAGAUAAGUGUCCAACGCUGACGUGGAGGAGCUGGACCGAAGUUGAAGUCUUGAUAAUGAAUGUUGAAUUAUUCUUUCUGCAGUUUCAGUAUAAAAAUAGAGUAUCACUUUUGGGUAUUGUAAUAUUAAUUUUUUCUAAAUUCAACUAAAACGACUCUGAAAUUCUGUCCUUCCCAAGGGAAAUCUUAAUAGACCUGAAAAAAUUAAUCAUUAUUGGUAUGCUUUAUUUUAUACCCGAAUUUACCAAAGUUGACCAUCUUUUGGUGCUUGGGGUUGAAGUUAGGGCUUAAUACUAACUUUUAAAAAUUAGAAAUAGUAGGGGCUGGAGCGAUAGCACAGAGGGUAGGGCGUUUGCCUUGCACACGGCCGACCCGGGUUCGAAUCCCAGCAUCUCAUAUGGUCCCCUGAGCACCGCCAGGAGUAAUUCCUGAAUGUAGAACCAGGAGUAACCCCUGUGCAUCGCCGGGUGUGACCCAAAAAAAGCAAAAAUAAAUAAAUAAAUAAAUAAAAAUAAAAUUAGAAAUAGUAUUGAUUUUCUGAUGUUGGUAAGAAGUAAGUUUAAGGAAUAUGAUCUUUUGCUUCGUUAUUAUAGUUGUUUCUCUUUAAGUCCUGGCAAAUUAAGAUGUCCAUAUCUAAGAAUAAGUCCUCUCUUUGAUAAUGAAGGUUAAAAUAGUCUUAUGAAAUAACUUUAGAACUGUAUAAAAAGCUCAGAUUGUUUUUCCUGCGUUGUCGUUCAUGAUUGUAAGGCAGUAAAGUAAUAGCAGUUUUUCAUAAAUGAAAGAAUCCUGAGGUAAAGGUUUCAUAAAACUUAAAAAUUUUUUUUGGUUGUUAACUUAUUUUUUAAUUGAAUCACCGUGAGAUACAAAGUGUUCGUGGUUGGGUUUCGGUCAUACCAUGUCCCAGCACCCUCCCUUCACCAGUGUCUCCGUUACCCUCCCCCUGCCCCAGACUCUGAAUCUUUCAUAACCCCGUGUAUAAUUCAGCAGCCUGUCAUGGUUGGUGACGGUGCGCCUCUCGCUGAGGGGCCCUCCCGUGAAGCUACACGCCUGUGGGGGUUCACGUCCCGCAGCUGCGCGUUGACAGAACGUCAGGCCUGUGUGCGUAGCAGAGAAACGCUUCCCAACUUGCACCAAAUAGGCACCUGCAAGAAAGGUGUCAGUGCGCCCUGUUUGCUACCUACACUCCGUUCCAUAGCAGUGGUGCCGGCAUGAGAAAGGGGACCGGUGGGGCCCGGGGCCCCGGGACUCAGCUUGCUCGGCUCCUGCCCUCUUGCCCGCCGUGCCGUGGUUUAGAGGAGGGGCUUUGUCUUGAGCGUCCGCACAAACAAGGCCGGGCGGCCUGUAGAGCACAACGGAACUGUUGGUCCCCGGCAGCGUUCUCAGACUUGACCUCAUUAUAAUAUGUGUGUAUGCAUAAGAGCUUUACCUAGUUCUGUGUCAACGUUCACGGCCAAAUAAAAGUUUUGCAGAUAGUGGAA